AUGGCGAGCGGAGAUGUGAACAUUCAAACAGAAAAAGAGAUCCCCCCGCCGCUGAAGUCGGCAAUUGGAGAACCAAAGAAGACAGGGUACAAAUUUCCUCAUGUCUUCUUCCCCUACAAGUCUCGCUACAGGUCGCCACACCGGCAACGCUGGUGGCCCGGCUCAGUUCCUCGGUUUCUUCUCCACUCCCAUCCCAAGAGGUGGACCUCGCGCCGCCAACUCUCGUUUGCGUUCUUUGCUUUCCACGGACUGAAACCUUUCGCGGAGAGGAACUUAUACGAGCUUAUGCACAGUCUGCCUCUCCGAGGCGCCUCUUCGUUCUUCUGGCGUGAAGCUGAUAGUGACCCAUGGAAGCAUCUCGGGCGGAAAGCGAACAGGAUGCAAGCGCGGGGUGUACGCACACACGCAGCAUCUGGAGACACAGAUCCCCAAGCAGAAAGUGGAGAGGACAGAAACGAGGCUUCAGAUCACACGCACUGUGGAGCCCCCGCUGUGGAUGCGUAUCAGCCAAGACUCGAGAGAGCAGGACGGAAACAAUUGGUUUUCUCUCCGAGAGAAAUCUACUACAAGCGCCGCCCUUUUCACGCUUUGGUCUUUGGCCGCCUGACUGUUGGGCAACUCGCUGCCUCUUCCACUUCCCAGCUGGAGGCAGGUCCGACGCCAGAUGCCACAGGAGCGCAGCAGCAAGCCGCGGCAUCCGAGGCGCCUGACUCCGAACAGAGACACGCAUGCACUUCACGUUAUCUAAAACACCCAGAAAUCGCCAGUGGCCGUUCACGUGUCGCGCCUCCGCAAGCUUCUCUGGGCGGAUGGAAAUGGCGGCCUCCCGCGGAUGCAAGUCGCUGGAUCUUUCGGCCCAAGUUUCCGUUGCCUCACAGGCCGGAACUUUUUGAACAGGGUGUCCAAACGGAUGCAAACAACUCAACCGCCUAA